GGCGGGCCGCGCGCGGGGCGGAAGUGCCGGCGGAAGUGCAGCACGGGGCGGAAGCGGCUGUGUCGGCGGCCCGGGGCUCAGGAGUGUACAUCAGAGGAAGCCAAAAGCAGCUGGAAUACUUCCUGAAUGUGUUUUCAGUCUUGUUUGCAAUUACAUUGAAGGGGAGAAACCAUCUGGAUCAGAAUUAAGAUGCUCUGGUUUCAAGGAAAUAGUAUACAACUUGCCAAAUGCUCCUUUGGACUCUUCUGGAGAAAUGUAUCUGCCUCUAAGACAACUCUGCCUGUGCUGACCUUAUUCACAAAGGAUCCAUGCCCCCUUUGUGAGGAAGCCAAGGAAGUACUCAAACCUUACAAAAACAGGUUUAUUUUACAGGAGGUGGACAUCACACUUCCAGAAAACUCUGCUUGGUAUGAAAGGUAUAAAUUUGACAUUCCUGUCUUUCAUUUGAAUGGCCAGUUUCUGAUGAUGCAUCGAGUAAACACCUCAAAACUUGAAAAACAGCUCCUGAAACUUGAGCAGCAAAGUGCUGGAGGCUGACUAAUACCCUCAUGAUUUUUAAUCUCUCUUUCCAUAAAGCAUCUUUCUGAAGAAAUGUCUGUGGCCUCACACUCCUUUUGUCACUUUCACAGAGCCCUAAGGAUGUUCUGAACUCAGUGGUGCAAAAUAAAUGUUGAAGUUCCUCUUCUGAUUGAUGGAAGUACCAAUACAGGAACUGUUUACUUAUUGACAUUUUAUAAGAUAAGAAGAGUGUAUUGGCAGGGAGGGAGAUGAUGGAGGGAGGAAGAAAUCCAUUUGUCUUACCUAUUCCUGUGGUAUUAAUGUAUAAGCACUUCACAUUCACUGGACAGUGCUGUGUAUAGGAAGAAGGCUCUGCAUUCCUACUGCUGCCCUGGAGUACUGAACCUUUUAAUGAAAGAAUAAAUGCUCUUCCACUCAGUAGAUAAAAUGAAAUGUGAAUUGUUAAUAACUGUUCACAGUCAAUAAAGGGAUGUUUUAGCAAAUACAUCUGCACAAAGCCUAUUUCAGUGGGAUUUAAUAAUACCUAUUUAAAAUUAGAGUUCAUUUUUGUUGGGUAGAAGAGAAUAAUUAUCCUAGGCAAAGACGCUUCAUUUGAGAAAGACAAAAGAAAGACUUACACUCCCAGAAGGUAUAUAGGAAUCUCAGUCUGCUUUACACAUAGUCAGUGAAUUGAUUUGUAAUAUUUGAGGAUUGUCUUUAAUAGUUAUUCAGUUAUCAUCAAUUGAGUUAAUCCAACUUAUUAUAAGACAAAUAGUUUUAUCAGGUUUUAACAUCUUGGAAAAAAUUCCCGCUUCUAAACAUAACUGGACAGAUAUGUCAUCUAAAGACAAAAAUGCUCUUCAUUCCAUGUAAAGUAUUAGAAAUAUAGUUUUUCCCUUUUUUAUAUUUAGUCAGUUUCAGCCAAUAUAGGAAUGGAUUCACUGAAAAACAAAACUGCUUUUCCUCUUAAAAUCACAUUCCUGCAAUUCUAUCUAUAAUGAAAUUCUUUUAUGAACUAUUUGAAUGAAUUUGGAUAUUAUAAGUCAUUAGAUUUUAAUUUGAUCAGUAUGAUUCAGUCUUAGAAAUUAUAGAAUAUUAGAGCUAGCUGACCUUAGAUGUUGUCUAGUCACACCCCAUUUUAUAUAUGAGGAGGAAUCUGAAACCAGAGAGUAUCAGGGACUUAACCCAGGGUCACAGCCAGUCAGCUGGUAGUCCAGGUGUUGCCUCCCAGCCCAAAUCUCCAGUACUCCUGGACCCAUUUCUGGGGACUCAGUAACCUGUGUUAUCUCACAUAUAGCCUCCCAGCCAUUCUGGAUCCAACACAAAUUUGGAAACAACUUAAAAAGCCUUCCAAGUCUGGCACAGUAGCAUGUGCGUAUAGUCCCAGCUACUUAGAAGGCUGAGGCAGGAUGAGUGUUUAAGCACAAGAGUGCAAGUCCAGCCUUGGCAACAUAGCAAGACUCUGUCUCUUGAGGAAAAAAAAAGUAUAAAGUAUAAAAUAACAUUAUAAAAAAAUCUCAACAAUUGAAUAGCAGUGUUUAUAAUUUAUAAAUUUCUGAAACACAUCUUAUUUGAUAUUAUAGAUAGUAAUAUUUAUUGAACCCUGAGAUAGAAUUCUAAGAUGACCCAAAUGACCCUCACUUUUAUAUAAUUCCCUCCCCUUUGAGUGUGGGUGGGAAUAUCACUGCUGUGAUUAUGUUACAUUAUAUGGCAAAAGGGAGAUUAUCCUGGGUUGGCCUGACCUAAGGUGAACCCUUUAAAAGCGAAGAGUUCUCUCUGGCUGGUUGCAAAGGGGAAAGUAGAGACAAGCUCUAGCUGCCCUGCAAGAAAGCAAACAUCAUUCUGUGAAUUGCCUAGUGGGACCACAUGGCAAGAAACUAUGAUUAGCCUUUAGGAACUGAGUAGUUCUUGGCCAAGAGCUAGCAGGAAAAUGGAGACAUCAGUCCUACAGCUUCAAGGAAAUGAAUCCUGCCAGUAAUCAGUGAGCUUAGAAGAGGACCCUGAGCCCCAGAUGAGAACUACAUCCCUGGCCAACAUCUUGAUUUCAGCUCAGCGAGACUCUGAUCCAAGAAUUCAGCCACACCAUGCCUAGACUUCUGAUUUACAGAAACUGAAAGGCAAUAAAUGUAUAUUUUAAACUGCUAAAUGUAUGGUAACUUGUUACACACAGCAGUAGAGAAUGAAUACAAGUCCUUAUAACACUGGAGUGGUAGGUGUGGGAG